AUGGGAGAAGAAAAAAUAAGAUUUUGGGGAAUGACCCGGCCUGGAAGUUUCGCAGCUGUGCCGAUAAUUUUUGACGAUCCUGCAUGUAAAGAGAAUGUCGACCGGAUGAAGGACUACCUACUGGAAGUGAGGGAGCGCGACAAACUCAUUAAAGAACACAUCGCUGCAAGAGAGCGGGCACGACAAGAGAAAGAAAAAUCUCGGCAAGAAGCAUCUUCCGCUGACUCACGUGGACGGAAAGGCUCCACUGCGGCAUCGGAGCAUGACAACGACCAAGACGAGGACGAGGAAGAUGAGAGUGAAGAGGCAGAAGAAGAUGAAAUUCCUGUUCCAGUGGCUGAGCCAGAGCUUGUUAAAAGGACUGUGAAAAUGGUCUUGUGCGUCGAUACUCUCGGAUUGCAAGAUGCUCUAUCUCCUGAACAACUGAAACGACUCGCCCAGUUUGCCGCUGUUGUAAAAGAACAAUGCAUCCGCACGCGAGAGGCUGCCGUCCGUAAACAGGCUGAAAUUGCUGUAAAUGAUGGUAAGCUGAAGGAGCGCAGUGCACAGGUUGAAGCGGCCCUAGAAGAAGAAGAAAACGAAGUCGAAGAGGCAGUGGAGACAGAGAGAAAAAGAGUGGCUGAGGAACUUGAAACAAAACUUCGAAGAGAGCACGAAGACAGAGAAGCCCGCAGACAAGCUCGUCUUGACACAGUAGCAGAAGAGAAGAGGCUUCGUCAUGAGGCAAGACAGAAACAGAGAGCUGAGCGACAGAGAAUUCGACAAGAAAAUUCUCUGAGGCACACUGAACGAGAAGAACACCACCCGAGCGUUGCCGACAUGGAACGAAGACAGGGAGCAAGCGCUUUUCUUGUAAACAGUGAGACUGGGACAAGUGAAGAUGCGAACAAGUGGUAUGAGAGAAAACCUAAGAACGGUAAUGACUAUGAACAUGAGAAAAGAGAACACGCAACAGAGGGUGCGCUAGCGACUGCUGGUGACGAGGACGAGGUCGAUUUUUAUAAUGGAGUUGAUGAAGACGACGAAGACGAAGACACUGAAACUGACGGCGGAGAUGCUGGAGAAAAUGCGGGUGCCGAAGAAGAAGAAAUACACGAGCCACUCGAUGCAUCUGUUUUCUUCGAAGAAGCUGAGGCCAAAGUGAAGUUCCAGAAAGCGACUCACACUCUUGUCUCCAAGUUCGGAGACAUUCUCCUCGAAAUGCGAGAGAUGUUUAUUCCAACCGUUCCUUCUAUGAUUUCAAUAACUGCGGCUUGCCUCUUCCUCCUUGGCGAGUCCCCAGCUUCACUGCGCGUAAACUCCAAGGUACCAGAUAGCAGCCUGGACUGGCAAAAGAUCCGCAGCAAGAUUGGACCGUCCCUGCUCCUCCGCAUCGGGAAUAUCGACCCUACAGAUCUUUUACGAAGACAUCGCCAGCGCGACGUGCCAGUAUUUUCAGGAGUGCGAGCGCAAUUGCAGAUAAAACAACUUAAAGAACAAUCUCACCUCCAGCGUAUUUCACAGUGA